UCAGAAUCUUCAUUAACACAACAUGUUUAUUCAUAUUUACAAUAUAAUAUUAUCAAGAUAGUCUAUUCAAUACAUACAAUCCACGAAAUUUUAUUAUUUGCCACGAUUGUCAAAGUAACUAUUUAUUUUGUUGGCUUCGAAUAAAGUUAUUUCACUAUAACUACAUGAUGACACUACAGUCCGUGGCCUCCUCCAAAAUCAGGAAAUCUAGAUUAAAAGUUCUAGAAAAAAUUAGGAGCUUUAUUAAAAAAUAAGUCGGCGUAUCUAGGGAGAAUGAACUGUAUUGUAAUGUAUCUUUACAUUUUAUUAAUAUUGAUAAGCUUUUUCCACUGGAAAAUAUCUCUCCAGUUUAAUAGUUAAACAGUAAUACACAGCUAAUCCCGAACUUAUACUAAGAAGAACCUUGGCAUGUAGUUAUUUCAAUUGGUAAUUAGUGUUGCCAGUAUAGACUAUACCUGGAUAUAUUUUGUUUUUUUAAAAAUAUCAAAAAAGUUUUAUUCUAUAUUACUCUUAGUGCCCAGAGUUCAUUGAGCUUUUAUGUUCAAUUUAAUUUUUCAAUGGGUAGUGGAGUAGCUCGGUGGUAGGGUAUUGAGAUUCCAAUGCUAAAGGUCCCAGGUUUGAAUCCCGACUCCUAGCAGAAAAAAUAUUUAUUCUGUUUCACUGGCCGUGGAAAGACCCUGGGUAGGUAGACCUUUCUAGGGCACAUCCAGCCUCUAUAAAGUGGAUACCGUUAAUUAAAAUAAUUGAUUAAGGGGACAAACCUGGCUGUUGAGAGUGAUCACGGUCAAUUCACCUCCUUACACAACCGUAGCCCAAGAAACAGUACUUUCCCUAAUUUGUACUGAACCCAAGAAGACCCUUCAUAGGUUGUAGUGGUACAGGUUUUUAUAUUCAUUUAAUUUUUUUUUUAUUUUAUUAUUUUAUUUUUUACUUUUUCAAUAGAUUUUAGGUUUAUCGAAGUCUGUUAUAAAUAAGUUUGUUUUAUACCGUAGCAUCUAAGAUACUUUUGAUAUCAAUCACGGUUUACCCCGAAACAAGCUAUAAAACGAAUAAGAGUCAAAAAGAACUUUACCGGGAAUUUUUGAAAUGACUUUUAAUCAGGAUCCUCUGAUUUCGGAGGAUCCCGAGGUCUGCAAGAGCAACCUGAAGUUAAAGUAAAAUAAUUUUAUUCUAAGCCUACAAGGUUUUAAAAAGAUAACAGAUCUUUUAGAGCUCUUUGAUUGAUUGUGAUAACAAAUUUCGUUCAAUGACAGACUGUGACAGGUGUAAAAAAGGUUGUAGGUAUUGAACGAUAGACAAUCUUUGAAUUUGACAAUAUUCUAUGAAAUUUUGAUUAAUUCUUUGAGUUAAUCCUUUAUUUUGUUUUAUGAUCGUGAAUAACUUGAAAUGUUGCUAAAAAAAUUCUUACAAAUUCAAGUAUGAAGAAGAACUUUAGCCUAAAAUUGUUUAGUCAUUUUGCAAAACAUGACGAAGCCAGUUUCUCGUGAAAAACUACUACAAAAGUUUUUAAAAAAUUAACGAGGGACAAAAAUUUAGAAAUAUAAUUUUACUGGUAAGAAAACUUUCUAUUACUUCUUAACAUGUGAUAAAAUUACAAUCUUUGAAUAUUGAAACAAAUUUAAAUUAGAGGUUAGAAAAUGGAUAUAGUUUUUUUGAGCUUGAACCAGAAAAACCAACCUCACAUUUACUGAGACAGAAGAAAAACGUCUGGGAAGAAGUCACAUGUCCAAGAAUAAUCUGCUUUUGCUGAUGAUAUUCUGGACAGUGGCUACGGUAUACGGGAGGAAGUUUAUGAAAUGCGAACUGGCCAGACAGCUUCAUUGGUUAGGGCUAAGCAGGACUGCAAUACCGGACUGGGUUUGUUUGAUCGAUGCAGAAAGUCAUAUGCAGACAGAUUUGGUAACUGGGCCUCUUGAUGAUGGUAGCAACAACUACGGUUUGUUUCAGAUAAACAGUAAAAGAUGGUGUGGUAUGAAAAAUCGCGGUGGAGAUUGCGAUGUGAAGUGUUCACAUUUAUUGACGAAAGACAUAAAGAAGAGCUUGGAAUGCGCUGAAAUUAUAUUCGUAAAAAUGGGUGGUUUCAGCUUUUGGAAGGGCUGGAAGGAGAACUGCGAACUAAAGCAGUUGCCGAACCUGGACAAUUGUUACGACAGGAGGCCGUGGAAGACGACUACUAUUCCAAAUCCGAGGUUUAUCUACGUUCUCUUUGCAGUUGCCCUCGUUGUAGCACAUCCACAUAGAGAGAUAGCUAGGACCAAUGAAAUCAUAAAUUCACUUAAAAAGUUUAACGUUUCAGAAGAAGAUUUCGAACAUUAUAUAUGUAUAGCACAAAGAUCAAGUGGAUGUAACAAAGGGAAAAAGCAUAUUUUUAAGGAAGAAGGUUACGGAUCCUACGGGCUAUUUCAGGUUAACAGUACUGAUGCUUGUUCCAUGGGUCCCAAACCAGGAGGGAUUUGCAACGUAACAUGUGAACAUCUUUCGUCGUUGAUUCUCGACCCACAAGUUGAGUGUGCCGUCAAACUUGUCAACAAAUUUUGUUUUUGGAAAUGGAACGUAUGGACUCAGUUCUGCAAACAUGAGACAUAUUUAUGACUAAUGAAGUGGAAAUGAACACAUGAUCUAAUAAAUAAAUGCUCAUUGGAUCCAGGGAUUGAAC